AUGCAAAGUCUGUAUUCUCCAAGCAAUUUAUACAGUGGAUUUAACUAUUACUGGUUCGACAGUGAAGUGGAUUUCGCCAACCAGGACCUCGAGUUAAGGGUAUUAACGAAUCCUUAUGACAACGUGACACCACAGUUGGAUUUGGAAACAGCUUUAGAAAAGCUCAACAGCCCAAAGAAAGACUUUGAAACAGUACUGAUCGAUAAAAAGUUAAAUUUCAUUUGGAAAGUUACUCGGCGUAUUAAGAAAUUAGUUCGGUUUGACACUUCUGAUGCUCGGAGAGUGCUGAAAGAAUGGCACUCCGCAAUGAUGGACGCCGAAUCGGAUUCUGAAACUUCAAGUGAAGCCAGUAAAGUGGCGGAUAUCUUCACCUAUGAUCAGUUCAAAGAGGUGCAUAGUUUUCUGCCACAGGCCUCUGCCACGUCAGAGGACUUCAACAUCCUCAGUCUGGAGCGCGGGCAGUUUGGGAUUGAGACUAAGUACCAGAUGUUUGACGAGCAGAAGGGACAAUGUAUGGGUAUUGUAGCUCGAACGAUCGGCUUAGACGAAGUCGCGCUCAAAAAGUCGAACCAAAUCCCGGGUUGGCUCGGAUUCAAGCGUGUGGGCGACAUUAGAAAUACUGGGAAACUCAUAUGCGAAGACCAUGACUGCUCAAAGGAAACUAUGCUAUGCAAAUCGUCGGAGCAAGUUGUAUCUGAUCCAAGCUCCGACGAAGCAUCAAGCGUUUUUUCAACGGUCAAUAGACAUUCUCUAGACGGGGGUGCCUUUACUGACGCAAGGUACCAACCAAUCGAAUUUCUUCCCGCCAUACCUGGUCCAAACAAAAUCGACAAGUACGAUGAAGCCGAUACGCAUCCCUCUGUUCCGACGUAUUGCGACUCAGACUACAAGAUGCUCCGCCGUUCGCUAUACGAACCGCGACUAUGCUACUACUCUCUCCAUGAAGGUGUUCACUUUGUCACACCCCGGUUUCUGCCUGGUCACCAAAACCCUAAUAAGAGAAAUCAUGAUUAUUUCCUGAUAGCUGUAGACAAUUGCCGGUUUGAAAAUCUUACGCCUACCCAAAAGUGCCAGGCUCUGUUUACGAUGUGGAAAUCUACAAGGCAUUAUUUUGAAAUAAACAGCGUGCCAGUUGAGACUCUAAUAGGCCAUGAGAACAGUGUAGCUGAAAUUACCAAAUUAUAUGGGAACUUAAAGGAUGCGGCACCUAUGUCAGCAUUAAAUGCAAACGCAGAAAAACCUCCGAGGGCGCCAAGAGCUGUUCGGCGUAGGAAUACCAGUGUCAGUAAUAUAAUGCAAAAGCUGUUAAAGAACAUUCAUAAGAGAAGGAAUAUUUAA